AUGGCCAAGACAGUCACCAUUUUUUUGCCCAACGGCACCAAGUAUGAGCAGCCCACUGGUCAGUUCAUCAACAAUCAAUUCGUGCAGGGCAGCGGUGACUACUUUAGCACUGUAUCCCCAGUAACCGAAGAAGAGAUCUUGAAGCUUCAGGGGGCUUCCCCUACCGAUGUGGAUAAGGCUGUAGCAGCUGCUCGGCAAGCCUUCAAUGGUCCUUGGUCUCAACUGCCUGCUAUAGAGCGCGGAGAAUAUCUUUACAAACUUGCUGAGCUCAUUGAUCACGAUCGUGAGCUCUUGGCUGCCAUUGAUGCCUACGACAACGGCAAGCUCGGGCUAUUUGUUGCUCACUGUGAUCUGGACGAGGCUUAUAAUGUUUUUCGGUAUUAUGCAGGCGCGGCAGACAAAAUAUCUGGGCAAACCAUAGAGACUUCCCCUGCAAAGCUGGCAUAUGUCGUUCAAGAACCAUUAGGUGUCUGUGCCCAGAUUGUUCCUUGGAACUAUCCGUUUAUGAUGCUUGCUUGGAAGAUUGCCCCAGCGCUGGCUUGCGGGAACACUGUCGUACUGAAGCCUGCAGAGCAGACGCCGCUUUCUGCCCUUUACUUUGGUAACCUCGUCAUUAAGGCUAACCUGCCCGCUGGUGUUGUUAACAUCAUCUCCGGUCUUGGCCCUACGACUGGUAGUGCUCUGGCCAACCACGCCGAUGUCGACAAGAUCGCCUUCACUGGAAGUACGGGGACAGGUAAAUCCAUCAUGAAGGCUGCUGCCUCUAAUUUUAAAAAUGUUACUCUUGAGUGCGGCGGAAAGAGCCCCAGUAUCGUCUUUGCCGAUGCCGAUUUUGAACAGGCUGUCAAGUGGACACACUUUGGCAUCAUGGAGAACUCGGGAGAGGUCUGCACGUCAACCUCUCGCAUUUAUGUUGAAGAGAGCAUAUACGACAAAUUUGUCGAACGUUUUGUCGAGGUAACCAAGGACAAUGAUAAAGUUGGUGACAACUUCAAGAAAGACACGUACUAUGGAGCUCAGAUAUCCAAGACCCAAUUCCACAAGAUUUUGGGACAUAUAGAGGAAGGUAAAAAGAGCGGAGCUAAGCUUUUGUACGGGGGCGCCAGGUCCGGCUCCCAGGGCUAUUUCAUCCAGCCUACAGUCUUUGUCGAUACAACAGAAGACAUGAAGAUUGUGAGGGAAGAGAUAUUCGGCCCUGUCGUUGUCAUCUCCAAGUUCAAGACAGAAGACGAGGUUGUUCACAAGUGCAACGACACGAGCUACGGACUGGCUGCAGCGCUCUUCACAGAAAACGUGUCCAAAGCACACCUUGUUGCACGCCGACUCCAGGCGGGCAUGGUUUGGAUCAACUCCUCUGGGGACUCGCACUUUGGAAUUCCGUUUGGAGGCUACAAGUCCUCUGGCAUUGGGCGCGAACUAGGCAAGUAUGCGCUUGAUGCGUAUACCCAGGCCAAGGCUGUUCAUGUAAACCUUGGUUCUAAGCUAUAG